AUGUUAAAGAAUGAUGUUAUCCAAUCCUUUGAAAAUCAUCAUGAUAAAAGAAUAAAAAAGUAUUUAAACCUUUUUUUAGCGUUAGUAAUUUCGAGUUCAAUAUACACUGCAUAUAUAAUUCGAUAUACAAAUACUUCAAAUAAAAUCACGCAAUACUCGAGUGGUAUAUCUUAUGAAACAUAUAAUUAUGGUUUAUCAAAAUGUGAAGAAAUAAAAAGGAUUAAACCUGAUAAUAAUCAUAUACAAUCUAGGACGAGUAAUCCUAGAUUUGUCCCUGGCACUAAAGAUAUUUUAUUAAAAAAUGCCAGAAUAUUGGAUGGUAUUGGACAAGAUUUUCUUGGCGAUGUAUUGUUAAAGAAUGGUAUUAUUAGUGAAAUUACUAAUUAUGAUGAAAAAAAGAAUGAUAUUAACGUAAAUGAUGACACCGUUGUGAUUGAUUUAAAGAAAAAAUUUGUUACUCCCGGAUUAAUUGAUAUGCAUAGCCAUGCAGGAGUAUCUUCAUGGCCAUAUUUAAAAGGAACGGAUGAUGUUAAUGAAGAGACAGAUCCGCUUACACCAUUUGUACGAGCUAAGGAUGCGUUAAAUCCGAGUGAUCCUGCGAUUAGAAUAAUAUCAUCAGGAGGAGUAACCACAUCAUUAAUAAUACCAGGUAGCGGAAAUUUGAUGGGAGGAGAAGGAUAUGUAAUAAAAAUGCGAAAUGUUUCAACAUUAUCUGUAGAUGAUAUGGGAAUAAAUUAUGGUAUAAAUCCAUCUGAAGAAAAGGAAUGGAGAUGGUUAAAGAUGGCAUGCGGUGAAAAUCCAAAAAAAGUUUAUAGAUUCCAAAAUCGAAUACCAACUACUCGUCUAGGUGAAGGUUGGUUAUUUAGAAAGAAAUUUCAAGAAGUCAGAACCCUUUUUAGAAAGCAAAAUGAUUGGUGUGAUUCGGCCAGUAAAUUAUCAUCAAAUAAUAACGUACAAUUAGAUAGUCCUUUUCCUGAAGAUUUACAAUAUGAUAGUUUAAUGGCUUUAUUUAGAGGCGACGCUAAAUUAAAUAUACACUGUUAUGAGACACAUGAUUUGGAAGCCAUAAUAAGACAUUCAUUAGAAUUUAAUUUUACAAUUUCAGCAUUACAUCAUGCAUUAGAUGCAUAUCGUAUCCCAGAUGUAAUCAAACGAGCAAAUUCUCAAAUUACUAUAGCAACUUUUUCGGACAAUUGGGGGUAUAAAAAGGAAGCAUUUCAAGCAAGUACGAGGUCACCAAAAAUAUUGGCAGAUGCUGGAAUACCUGUAGCGUUAAAAUCGGAUCAUCCAGUAACUAACGCACAACAUUUAGCAUUUGAAGCAGCAAAAGCGCAUCAUUAUGGACUAGAUGAGAAAUUAUCUAUAGCAUCAAUCACUUCCGUACCAGCGAGGGCACUCGGGUUAAAUCAUCGUAUCGGACAAAUUACAAUCGGUUACGAUGCUGAUCUUGUCGUUUGGGAUUCUCAUCCGCUUAGUUUAGGUGCUACUCCAUUAGAAGUUUAUAUCGAUGGAAUUCCCCAAUUUGAUACCCCGAAUUCUGUCCUUUCUGGAAAAUCCAAAGGUUCUAAAAGAUCAUCCGCUCAAAAUGAACCUAUCAAGAAUAAAGUGAAGAGAAAGGAAAGAAUCGCAUCUUCGGUCAUUAUAAAUAACAUUGGAAAAAUCUUUGUAAAUAAAGAUACAAUUAUUGAACCUAAGAAUUCAUCUGUUAAAGACGAAAAUAUUAGCAUAAUAAUAAAAGAUGGGUUGGUAGAAUGUAUUGGUAAUUGUGUCAUUUCAAAUCAUAAUCCCCCCGAAGUGAUCGAUUUAAAUGGAGGAUAUGUACUUCCGGGUAUGAUAGCUGUCGGUGGAUCAUUAGGUUUGAUUGAGAUUGGUCAAGAACCAUCAACAACGGAUGGAUUUGUGCCAAUUAUAAAUUAUCCGGAUAGUGAAGAUCAAGUAAUAAAAGCUAUAGAUGGAUUAAAAUUUGGUGGGAAACAUUUAGAAGCCGCUUAUAAAGCCGGUGUUCUUUGUUCAAUCACAUCCCCAUUAUCAUUUGGUGUGAUCAAUGGUAUUUCUGUCGCUUUUAGAACCGGUUCUUAUACCGUUCUUGAUGAAGAACCAAUAAUUGAAUCAGAAACUGCUCUUCACGUACAAAUUGGUGUUUCGUUUAAAAAUGCAUAUAUACCAUCGGUAUCAAGUCAGAUUGGAUUGUUGCGAAGAACAUUAUUAAGAGCUGUAUUCAAACCAACUACAAGAAAUAUAUAUAGCAAAGUUGCAAAAGGGUUGGUUCCAUUAGCGGUCCAUACCGAUAAUAAAGAUGAAAUUGCAUCACUUAUAAAACUUAAACAACAAAUUUCAAAUCAUGGAGGUGAUUUACGAUUAAUUAUAAUAGGAGGAACUGAAGCUCAUUUGAUUGCCGAACAAUUAUCAAAAAAUAAUGUUUCGGUCGUAUUAUCACCUUCAAGACCUGUGCCUAAUUUAUGGACCGCUAAAAAUGUUUUAAUAGGUUCUCCUAUAACGAACACUACUGGUAUAGAAAUACUCGUAAAACAUAAAGUUAAAGUAGCUAUCGGUGUUCAUAAUUCUGCUUGGACAAGAAAUUUAGUUUGGGAUGCUGGUUGGGCUGUUACGAAUUCAAAUGGUCUUUUAGACGAAAAAGACGCUGUCGCUUUAAUUUCUUGGAAUUUAGAAGAAAUUUUCAAUUUAAAUAGAAAGAAAUUAAACAAACAAGGCUUGAGUAAGGGGAAUAUUGCUAAUUUUGUUGCUUACGAUGGGAACCCUUUUGAUCUAAAUACUAAAGUUAGACUAGUUGCCGGUGGAGGUAGAAAAGAUAUACUUAUUGAUCCCAUUCAAGAUUAA